AUGAAGUUCUCCGCCGUUCUCGCCUGGGCUUCCCUCGCCCUCGCCGCUCCCACUCCCGCCUCCGUUGAGGAGCGCGACGUGGUCGUCAUCUCCACCUUUGUCAGCACCGUCCAGAAGCUCGAGACCACCGUCAAGACCCAGGUCGACGACAUCGUCUCCACCGCCAAGAUCACCAGCAACGUCGACGAGAUCGUCUCCAGCGUCAAGGGCAACCUCGCCACCAUCAUCACCGCCGUCACCGAGUCCACCUCCACCAUCGCCCAGAUCGCCGCCGCCAGCCCCGCCGACGCCAUCAAGGGCCUCAAGAAGGCCGACGUCAAGGAGGUCCUCGUCGCCGUCAAGUCCGUCAACAACAUCGUCUCCGAGCUCAAGAUCGCCGUCUCCACCAUCGUCAAGGAUGUUCCUUCCGCCGUCAAGACCGCCCUCGCCGACGAGAUCAACCAGGUCAAGGGCCUCCUGUGGCCCUUCCUCCAGCCCGUCCUGACCAUCGUCGGCGCCGUCGAGAACCUGGCCAGCUCCCUCGGCAUCAAGACCGACCAGCUCGUCAGCGCUCUCUCUCUCGUCCUCGGUCUUGUCAACGGUAUCCUCAACCUUGUCAACCUCCCCCAGGUCCUGUAA